UAUUUGACGCCAGGCCCCGCCCCUGUGCUGCGAUUUUGCGCGCAUUCGGUUCUGGAGUGACGCUGUGCGCGCUCCCGAGGAUGGCAGGAAAGAUGGCGGCGCUCAUCCCUCUCACACAGCUCUCCAGUGGCAGCCCAUUGUAUGAAACAUAUUACAAGCAGGUGGAUCCAUCAUACACUGGCAGGGUAGGACCAUCCGAAGCUGCUCUGUUCCUAAAGAAAUCUACUCUCUCAGACAUUAUCCUUGGGAAGAUAUGGGACCUGGCUGACCCAGAGGGGAAAGGUUACUUGGAUAAACAGGGAUUUUAUGUAGCACUGCGGCUGGUAGCUUGCGCUCAAAGUGGGCUUGAAGUCAGUCUAGCAAGUUUUAAUGUUCCAGUACCAGCUCCCAAAUUUCACGACACUAGUAGCCCUCUGUUAAUCAUUCCACCCCCUGUUGAGGGACAUUGGGGAGUUCGGAUAGAAGAGAAAUCCAAAUUUGAUGGUAUUUUUGACAGUUUAUUGCCAGCGAAUGGCUUGCUUUCUGGAGACAAGGUGAAACCCGUACUUAUGAACUCCAAACUACCUCUGGAUGUCUUAGGGAGGGUGUGGGAGCUGAGUGACAUUGACAAGGAUGGGCACCUGGAUAGAGAUGAAUUUGCUGUGUCAAUGCAUCUUGUAUACAGGGCCUUGGAGAAGGAACCAGUCCCUUCAGUGUUACCUCCAUCCCUCAUUCCACCGAACAAGAGAAAGAAGACUCCAACGUUCCCAGGGGCCGUUUCAGUUCUCCCCUCCAGCCCACCACCUAAAGAUAGUCUACGAUCUACUCCAUCUCACGGCAGUAUGAGCAGCUUGAACAGUGCAGGCAGCCUUUCACCAAAGCACUCUACCAAACCAGCCCAGCCUGCUGUGAACUGGGUGGUCCCGCUGACAGACAAAAUGCGUUUUGACGACAUCUUUGUGCAGAUAGACCUGGACAUGGAUGGACUUGUUAGUGGGCUGGAAGUGAAGGAUAUAUUUAUGCAGUCUGGCCUCUCUCAGAAUGUCUUAGCACACAUUUGGGCUCUUGCAGAUAUAAGGCAAACAGGGAAACUGAACAAGGACCAAUUUGCUCUAGCAAUGCAUCUCAUACAACAGAAGGUCAGCAAAGGGAUUGAUCCCCCACAUGUCUUAUCACCUGACAUGAUCCCACCAAGUGAAAGGAGCACCCCUAUACAGACCCUGUCUGGUUACAUGACCCCCAUAGGAAACGAGAUGGCAAGCUUAACAGACAUGCGCCGAGACAGUUCCAGUUCUAUUGGCUCUGGAGAAUUUACCGGUGUGAAAGAACUAGAUGAGAUCAGCCAGGAAAUAGCCCAAUUGCAAAGAGAAAAAUAUGCUUUGGAGCAAGACAUUCGAGAAAAGGAGGAAGCCAUCCGACAAAAGAGCACAGAAGUUCAGGAGCUGCAAAACGAUUUAGACCGGGAGACCUCCACCCUUCAAGAACUGGAAGCACAAAAGCAAGACGCCCAGGACAGGCUAGAUGAAAUGGACCAACAGAAAGCAAAGUUAAAGGAUAUGUUAAGUGACGUCCGACAAAAGUGCCAAGAGGAAGGGCAAAUGAUCUCCUCACUGAAAAUCCAGAUCCAAUCUCAAGAGUCAGAUGUUAAAGCACAGGAAGAAGAACUCAACAGAACAAAAUCAGAACUAAAUCGUCUCCAGCAAGAGGAAAGUCAGCUGGAGCAAAGUAUCCAAGCAGGCAGGGUUCAGUUAGAGACAAUAAUAAAGUCAUUGAAAUCUACUCAAGAAGAAAUAAAUCAGGCUCGAAGUAAAUUAUCGCAACUCCAGGAAAGCCAGCAACAACUAAAUAGAAAUAGUGAUCAAUAUAAUGAUGCUUUAAAUGGAGACCAUGGAAGCAGCAUGAACAACCUGUCUGACACAGAGUCAUUUUCCUCAAGAGAGAGACCUGACCAUUCUACAACAACUCAGGAGGACCCAUUCAAAAACAAAGCCCAUAUGUUUAACAAUAACAAUCAGGACAUAUAUUCUGACCCAUUUCAGACAGAAGACCCCUUCACAUCUGAUCCCUUUAAGGGAGCUGACCCUUUUAAAAGCAACCCCUUUGGAGAUGACCCAUUUAAGGAGAGUGAAGUGUUUCAUGCCCCCACAUCAGAGGACCCAUUCCAGAAGACAGCUAAAGGAGACCCAUUUUCUGCUGACCCCUUUACUAAGAACAGCAUCCAUUCAAUGACCCUUCCCCUAAAGUCUGAUCCAUUUGAGAGCAGCGAUCCUUUCAUCUCUUCCACACUGCCAAAGAAAAAGACAGAUCCAUUUGGGACUCUGGACCCAUUUGGGAGCAGCACAUUCAGCAGCAAUGAAAGUUUUGCAGAUUUUAGUCACAUGUCCAAGCAGCACCAAGCACCAGAUCCUUUUGCUGCUACCUUCCCUGGUACUGGAUUUUCUGACGACCCCUUCAAAAGCAAGCAUGACACCCCAGCACUGCCUCCUAAGAGGAGUGUACCCCCCAGGCCAAAACCCCCAAGUGGCAAAAGCACUCCAGUGAGUCAACUCAGCACAUCCCACAUACAGAAGUCCCAUGAUCCAUUUCAACCAUUCGGUACAGAACCUGGGGAUCCGUUCCAGAGCAGAAAAUCCUUCACAGACCCUUUUAGUGGCAAAGACCCAUUUGCCACAUCACAGUCGGGAAAGCACUCUAAGGGAACAUCUCCUGGGUUUGCAAACUUUGGCUCUUUUAGGAACGAGGAGCAACAGCUCGCUUGGGCAAAACGUGAGAGCCAACGGGCUGAGAAGGACAGACUAGACCGUUUAAAACGUCAAGAGCAAGAAGACCUGGAGCUAGCGAUCGCCCUCAGCAAAGCGGAGAUGCCCAGUUCCUGAUAGUCACACUCUCCUGGUCUUCUCUAUCCUGUGCCCACAGGAUUAUUUGCCAACGCUAUCGCAACAUACACGUACUCUGCGUUCAGGCCAGAGGUGGACAGGAAGCCGAAUGACUUGAUCUUAGACUAGCGGUCUUUAUUUCUGAUCUUCUAGCCAGUCACAGGGAAGCUGUGGCCAUGACAUCAACCUAAAAUGACCCCAAUAAAACCGCUUGAUGGGAAUAUUCACAUGCACAUAUAUUCUAAGCAACGAAACUGCUUUCAGUCAUCCCUUAUUUUAUUUUUCUAUAUCAGGGAAAUAUUUUUUUUAUCAUCCUUGUUUUUCCCCUACACACUUCAUCAGAUGCCCUGUUUGAAAUGUACAUCAAGUAAGCAUUUGCUUUUAUUAGUAUGUUAAGCUGUAAAGACCUGCAUGGAAUGGCUGGUUUGUUUGGAGUGAAUGUAAGAUGUUCAGUUAAUCCAAAACCAUAUACUACAUUAAAGACUAUUUUUACAGGUACCAUCCCUCUGCAGAAAUUGGCUUGUGCAAAUUAAAUGUCAUUAAUCUUAA